UCCUGGAUGUCCGCGUGAGUUUGAGCGAGUGCUUCUGAGACGCCUGCUGUAGGGAGCUGGCCAAGCUUGGGGAGUCGCGCUGGGGAUCGGGGUGCCUCGGCGGACCUCGGGGCCCCGCAGAGACAUAAGCCACAGUCAGUGAAGUUCCCUGACAUCAGUUCCACAUUGUUGACCCUGGGUCAGCAGUGCAACUAUAUGAAAUCAUGGCUGGUUACAAACCUGUAUCGAUUCAGACAUAUCCUGUACUUGGUGAAAAAAUCACCCAAGAUACUCUGUACUGGAACAAUUAUAAGACUCCUGUUCAGAUUAAGGAAUUUGGUGCAGUGUCCAAAGUAGACUUUUCUCCUCAGCCUCCGUAUAACUACGCAGUCACAGCUUCUUCAAGAAUCCACAUUUAUGGCCGGUACUCUCAAGAACCUAUAAAAACCUUUUCCCGUUUUAAGGACACAGCAUACUGUGCUACUUUUCGACAGGAUGGUCAACUGCUUGUCGCUGGCAGUGAAGAUGGUGUGGUUCAACUUUUUGAUAUAAGUGGGAGGGCUCCCCUCAGGCAGUUUGAAGGCCAUACAAAAGCAGUUCAUACAGUAGAUUUUACAGCUGACAAGUAUCAUGUGGUCUCCGGAGCAGAUGAUUAUACAGUUAAAUUAUGGGAUAUCCCAAACUCCAAAGAAAUUCUGACAUUCAAAGAUCAUUCUGAUUAUGUGAGGUGUGGCUGUGCCAGCAAGCUCAACCCCGACCUCUUUGUAACAGGGUCCUAUGAUCACACUGUGAAGAUGUUUGAUGCCCGGACAAAUAAGAAUGUUCUCUGUGUGGAGCACGGGCAGCCUGUGGAGAGUGUCCUGCUCUUCCCCUCUGGAGGUCUCCUGGUGUCUUCAGGGGGUCGUUAUGUUAAAGUCUGGGACAUGCUGAAAGGAGGGCAGUUGCUCGUGUCUUUGAAAAAUCAUCAUAAGACUGUGACGUGCUUGUGUCUGAGCAGCUCUGGACAGAGGUUACUCUCCGGCUCACUGGAUAGGAAAGUCAAGGUCUACAGCACGACUUCUUACAAAGUGGUCCACAGCUUUGACUAUGCAACGUCCAUCUUGAGUCUGGCACUUUCUCAUGAAGAUGAGACGAUAGUUGUAGGAAUGACCAACGGAAUACUGAGCGUUAAACACCGGAAAUCUGAAGCAAAGAAGGAAUCUCUCUCAAGAAAAAGGAGGCCUGCAUACCGGACUUUUAUUAAAGGAAAAAUUUACACGAAGCAACGGGAUGAUAUCAUGAUCAAUAGGCCAGCAAAGAAACACCUAGAAUGGUAUGACAGGGACCUGAAAAGUUUUCGGAUCUCAAAGGCACUUGACCGAGUCCUUGAGCCUAACUGUGUAAUAAAGACGCCCGAGGUUACAGUUUCCAUCAUAAAGGAACUGAAUCGGAGAGGAGUCCUUGCCAAUGCUCUUGCAGGUCGGGAUGAGAAGGAGAUUACCCGGGUUCUGAACUUUUUGAUAAGGAAUCUGUCUCAGCCGAGAUUUGCCCCUGUUUUGAUUAAUGCUGCUGAAAUAGUUAUUGAUAUAUAUCUGCCUGUGAUUGGCCAGUCACCAGUAGUUGAUAAAAAGUUUAUAGUACUUCAAGGACUCGUAGAAAAAGAAAUUGAUUACCAAAGAGAACUCCUAGAAACCUUGGGAAUGAUGGACAUGCUGUUUGCUACCAUAAGGAAUGACAGCACCUCUCUGUCGGAGCAUGUGCCUGCUGAGCUCCCAGAGAAGAAGACAGAGUCACCGUGUCAGCCUGGUGACACAGACAAGAACUCCUAACCCUUAAUUACUGAGAAGAAAGCAUCUUCAAGACAUUCAUUAAGAUAAUCUACAGUUUUAUGGAAGAGAUGGGAUUAAUUAUAAUCGGGAAAUAAGUACCUGUUUCAAGACAUGGUUUUCCAUGUAUUAAUUUCAUUUAUCUUGUGACGUCUUCCACUAGAAGAUCUUAGUUGUCUCGGUCACAUUGUCUGUCGACCUUGGAUGAGUUGAUACUGAUUUUAACAGGUUGCUGUGGGGCCUCAUGUGGCCACCUGGAGAGGGUUCCAAGUGGAGCCCUGCCAAGGGAACAGAACCUUGGGUUUUCUUUUGUUUUCUAUUUGUAGCCUGGGAAGUACCAGAACAACCGCAAGGCAAAACUUCUUUCUCUGUACUCAAUGCCCCUGAGAACUGUCGUCCCUUUUACUGGUGUCUUCAAAGUCCUGGUCACACAUUCUCACCAGCUGCUUGUGGAACUGUCUUCCAAGUGUGGCAGGUCACUCACUGAUUGUUACUCCUGGAAGCGUUGCGUAUUAGGGUGCAGUGAGUUUUUUACCUGCGAACUGUGCUCUCCUCCGGUGUUUUCUUUAGUCUUGCCUGGCUCUGCUUCUUUGCAGGACAAAGUCCAGAGAGACCUGACUGAACCAGAUCCCCUCCUCGAAGCCUGCGGCCUGCCUUCCAUCCUCACCUGCCUCGGGCCUGUGAGAAGGUGGCAAUGACCCGUUAGCCUGUGCGUGUGUUCGGAGCAGAUCUUGUAUGUGUGGCCCUCCUAAGACUUCUCUUUCCAGUUCUUUCUCUCUGUUCUUCAUUGUGUGAGUCCAAACCUCAAACAGGAGCAGUUUGCUUUGAAAAAUUGUUUUGAACGUUCAUUGUAAACUAUAUUUUUUUAUAAAGAGAUUCUUUUUGUCUUCUUGACUUUCUGAGGUGUGUCAAUUCCUGAUGACAGUCAGUGGCUUGUGACCAGCAUGCUGAUCCAUAGCCAUUACUGCCCUCCCUCCCUUCAGUUACCCUCCUUAAGUUAGCAAUGUGUCUGGUGACAGCAUCCCGAGCUAAAGGAGUCCUUGGGGAAAGAUUUUGUAAUAUGACAGUUUUGUGACUUUAGAUUCCCUUAAAGCAGAAGAGUGGCUAUAUGUCUGGAAUGUCCUGGUUAUAGUUCCCUUUAGUGAGCUGAAGCAGUUCUUCGAUAUGAUUCUGUGUCUUGUGAGAACCCUGGAGUUUGCUUUUUUUGAGUAGUUACAGCAUUAGUCACAAAUGAGAGCCUGUCCUUUAAGGUUGAGAAGGUUGAUUUACUUAAAUACAGCUAUUGAAGUCAAUCUUCCUUAGUUUGCAGAGUUUGCUCGAGCAGUGGUGAUCCUAAAGCUGCAGCUGCUGUCCCCUGUGCAACUCUGGAGUAUUUCCUGGCCAUCAUUUCAUUUAAUUCUUACAGCUACCCACAUGCCAGUCAUCCUCACUACCCAAGUGUCUGUCAUCCUCACUACCCAACUACCCAAGUGUCAGUCAUCCUCACUACCCAAGUGUUAGUCAUCCUCACUACCCAACUACCCAAGUGUCUGUCAUCCUCACUACCCAAACGCCAGUCAUCCUCACAACCGAAGUGUCAGUCAUCCUCACUACCCAAGUGUCAGUCAUCCUCACUCCCUUUGACAAACUAAGAGUGCUGCAGCUCCUGUGUAAAAUUUAUAGUAAUUCCAAACCCCUGAAAGGAUUAGGAGACAUUUCCCACAGUCCUCCAUGCAAUUCUAUUAAGGAGUUUUUUUUUUUGUUUGUUUUGUUUUGUUUUUCUGAGUCAGGGUUUCUCUGUAUAGUCCUGGAACUUAUGUAUACCAGGCUGGCCUGAAACUCACAGAGAUCCAUACCUCUGCUUCCUGCGUGCUGGGAUUAAAGAUGUGUGUCACCUCACCUAACUCAGGAGUUGUUUUUGUAUUCACUGAAACUAUUAACUUGCUAGAUGAAGUGUUUUAACAUAAUUGACAUAUUUCGAUAUGUAAUGUUGGCUUUAGGAGUCAAAUGUUUAAUGAAUUCUUAGAUUUGUGCUUCUUAGUUGGAAAGUAUUUGAUAUUUUACCAUGGAUGAAAAAAAUAAUGAAAUGUUGCUGGAACUUAUUUAUGUUUAAUUUAUUAUGUUCACUCAGACUUAAACAUAUGUGAAGAUCUGCUUGUUUCUAGUCAAAUUUCUCAAAUGCCUGUGCUGUUAAAUUUCUUAAGGAAUUGAUAUCAAAUGGGAUGGUUAGGAACUCUACUGAUUGACCCGAAAGGAAUUCUACCAAACAUUAAUUAAAGACUCCCCUGAAUGUGAUUGGAGUCGUCCUCUCAGUGAGAUACUUCCAAGUCAAAACCUUAAGAAAAGUUUGACCAUGUCUAACCAUGUCUGACCAGGAAUAGUUUUACCUUUGCACAAGUAUCCCCGAGAAACUGAAAACCAUUUGCUGGCAGAGGAUGCCAUUUGUUCCUUUGGCCAUGGCUGCCUGGGCCAGGGGUGGUAAACCUGACUCAGGCUAUGUCUGCAAGUCCAGAUUUACAAUGAAAUUGUUCUAGGUCAGAAAAAUCUGGUUCUCAACCUGUGGGUUGCAUAUCCUUUGGCAAACCCAUCUCCAAAAAUAUUUAUAUUACGAUACAGAACAGUAGCAAAAUUACAGUGUGGAUUAGUAAUGAAAUAAUUUUAUGAUUGGAGUCACAACAUGAGGAACUAUAGUAAAGGGUUGCAAUACUGCUCUACGGAGAUAUGGGAGGCUGGGAAUCCUAUGUUGGGGUCUUCAGUAGAGAAAGCAGUUUCCAGAAUGCGUCUUAUAUGAGGAGAAAAUCAAGCCAACGACAGUCCUACCUCACCAGACAGAAACCCUGUCUUCCUUCCUGCUUUCCCUCCCCAUUAUCUUGUCUGUACUUCUUCCUCCUCCAUGAAGUUCUUUUGGAACUCUCAAUAAAUAUAUUUUUCUUACUUAC